AUGGCGGUCCUGAACGCGCAGGAGAAGCGCGGCGGCCUGCCGUACGGCCAGACGGAGGCCAAGCCAAAGCAUUCGGAGCUGACUCGCCUGUACGACGGCACGAUGCGCCGAGCGAGCGGCAGCAGCAGCUUGCCGCAGGGCUUGCACGACCGGCAGGCGUGGGCGGCGGAUAACGUCGACAACUACGGCCUGAAGAUGGAGCAGGCGCAAGCAAAGCGUGAUUUCGGCUCCCGCGACUCGUCGAUGACUGGCGCUUGA